UUCUACAAUCUUAUAACGAUGUCACAUAGAUCAAAAAGAAAAAGCACUCAGAACCCAGAAAAGCAGCGGCCAAAACAAGUUGUUCAGGUAAACCUGAAUCUGCCAGUUCUGAUAUGUGAGGAAAAAUAGCACAUUAAUAUCCCCUUCAGAGGAGCAUCAGGACGAAGCCCAUAAGAACAAUUCAAGUUCUGAAACAGAUUGUAGACCUAUAAAAAUGGAGAAGCGAACUCAAAGUCUUGCUUUUAUAAGACCCAGACCGAGAGAGAGUGAAAAAUCAGCUGUCAAGCAGAAGGAUUCUUUUUUGCCUAGUUUUAACUCUAAAACCCCAAAAUUAACUCCUUUCCAACGAAUCAAGCUUCGAAAGAAUUCUGGUCGAAAAGUCAUGAUCAAUAGAAACUUUAGUUUGUAUAAACAAGUUAAGAAGUUUAAAAUGGGAAAUAAAUUUCCUAGGAAUCUUAGUAUAAAAUAAGGCUAGAAAAAUGCUGGUCACCAAAAAGGCUAAUAUAGCGCAAAAGUUGCCUGAUAAGAGAAGUGUCAGCCCUCGCUCUAAACCUGUCAGCCGUCCAAAAUAUAGCAUCUCUCGUUAUGUUAAGGAGCAUUUAAGUGUUGAGGCCAAGCAAGCUCCCAGACAGAGGUCUUGAGAGGAUGAGUCUGCCUCUUUUAAUUUCUAUAAUAUUAAAAUCAAGAGAAAGCCUAGCAAGGAUAGUAAGUUUAGCCAACCUGAAAUUGAAAACUAUGGUGAUGUCGGUAGCAGUUUGGAUCAGUAUACUUAUCACAAGAUAGAGAAAAAUCUGAAGAACUACGACCAAUCAAGUUUUGAGACAACAAGCCGAAACCAAAUUUCUCUUGGGUUAGAGACGAUGCCAAGAUUCACCAAAGAGAAAUCAGAGCCAGUGCAGUUGUAUAAGAAAAGAGGGCAGAUAAAGAAAAAUUCUGUGGAUUACACAGCCACUGCUCAAAGCUACCUGCAAAGAGUAAAGAAUAAAAAGAAACUUUACAGGAAGAAAGGGAGCUUAUUUAAUUACCCUGAUCAGUCCUUCUUGACACAGGAAAACCUAUCGGCUGAGAAGAAUUAUACUGAGGCCCAGAACUGGAAAAUUAAGGAUCAACUAUUUAAUGAUAAGAGAGGUCGAAACUUGAGCUUCUCCAAGUGCCCUCCAAAUUACGGCUUCACUGACUUCCAGAAGGAAAGCACAACUAAUGACCUCUCCAGUGAUGGGAUGAACUUCUUCGCGAACCUUAAGUUAAUAGGUGACUUCCAGAGACCUCAAGGGAAGAGUUUCUUUGUCUCCAAGAACUCAUGUGGUCACCAUGAGAAGUAAUUUCAAUCUGAAUUUCCUAAA